UCCUUCACAUGCCAACACAUAUUCAUAUACCUUCCCAACUGCCGCCGUCAACUUCAAUCCAAAUAAUAAAAACACCCACUCUUCACUCUCCUCUCUCCACCUGCUUCCAUAAAAUCCAUCUCAACAAACUUAACCAACUCCUUCAAGAAAAUGCAAUCAUAGUCAAACCCCUCCAUCAUAAUCCCAACCUCCACACAAUAAAAAAAAAAGUGAAAAAUAAAAAUAAAAAAAAAUGCUGAAGAAACUGCGACGCAAGGUGAGCAUUGCAUUCACACAAGGCCUCAAAAAACGCCCUAAACCCUAUAAAACCCCAAAACCAGAAUCAGAAUCAGAAUCAGAAUCACAACCACCAUCACAAUCACCAGAGUUUUCAGUUCCAACAACAAUGCCACGCACCAAUAAGCAGCGUUUUCCAUUCAUAUUCCCAGAGACUGAUUCCAGUGUGCUUCCAGAACCUUCCAAUUUCUUCUCCCAAAACCUUCUCUCAAACCCACUCCCAACAAACUCGUUCUUCCAAAACUUCGUUCUCAAAAACGGUGACGUUCCAGAAUACUUUCAUCCUUACCUAAUCAAACCCUCAAAUUCCUCUCUUUCCCUCUCAUACCCUUCGCGAAUCUCAAACACCGCAUUCACCUACCAAGCCUUCAACUCCGAUCUCACAAUCACUAAUUCAAACGAAAAAACCUUUCAUUCCAAUCACAAAAUCUCCUCCUACAGUGAUCUGAGUGUAACGUUGGAGAUUCCUUCUUCUAAUCUCAGAUUCUUCCUUGUUAGGGGAAGCCCCUUUGUCACUUUCUCUGUUACUCAACCAACUCCUCUUUCAAUCUCAACCAUCCACGCGAUCCUCUCUUUCUCUUCUUCCAAUGAAUCGCAAACCAAGUUCACUUUUCAGUUCAAUAACGGCCAAACGUGGCUCCUCUAUGCUUCUUCACCGAUCAGGCUUAACCACACUCUCUCUGAGAUCACUUCUGAUCCGUUUUGUGGUGUGAUUCGGGUAGCUCUUUUGCCGGGUUCCGAUUCGCGGCAGGUGGCGGUUCUUGAUAGGUUCAGUUCUUGUUACCCUGUGAGUGGUGAUGCUGUGUUUUCAAAGCCUUAUAGUGUUGAGUAUAAGUGGGAGAAGAAAGGGUGGGGUGAUUUGUUGAUAUUAGCACACCCUCUUCAUCUUCAGCUUUUGUCUAAUGUUGGUUCUGGUGUUGUUGUUUUAGAGGAUUUGAAGUAUAAGAGCAUUGAUGGUGAUCUUGUUGGUGUUGUUGGGGAUUCAUGGAUAUUGGAAACAAAUCAUGUUUCUGUAACUUGGCAUUCUAUUAGAGGUAUUAGGGAUGGAUCUUAUGAUGAAAUUGUUUCGGCUCUUGUGAGGGAUGUUGAGGGACUGAAUUCGGCUGGGAUAUCGACGAAUUCGUCCUAUUUCUAUGGCAAAUUGGUUGCCAGGGCGGCGAGGUUGGCGUUGAUAGCCGAAGAAGUGUGUUUUCCUGAUGUGAUUCCUGCUGUUAGGAAGUAUUUGAAGGAGACCAUCGAGCCGUGGCUCGACGGAAGUUUUAAUGGGAAUGGAUUUCUGUAUGAUAAGAAAUGGGGAGGCAUUGUUACAAAGCAAGGGUCUAAUGAUUCCGGUGCUGAUUUUGGGUUUGGAAUUUACAAUGAUCACCAUUAUCAUUUGGGAUAUUUUCUAUAUGGAAUUGCAGUGCUUGCUAAGAUUGAUCCUGCUUGGGGAAGGAAGUAUAAGCCUCAAGCAUAUUCGCUUAUGGCUGAUUUUAUGACAUUGAGCAGAGGAUCGAAUUCUAGUUUUACGCGUCUGAGGUGUUUUGAUCUGUAUAAAUUGCAUUCUUGGGCUGGAGGGUUAACUGAGUUUGCAGAUGGAAGGAAUCAAGAGAGUACUAGUGAAGCUGUGAAUGCAUAUUAUUCGGCAGCAUUGAUGGGUCUGGCUUAUGGGGAUCCCCACCUUGUUGCGAUGGGAUCGACGCUUACAGCGUUGGAAAUUCACGCAGCGCAAAUGUGGUGGCAAGUUAAAGAGGGAGGGAAUGUAUAUGAGGAAGAUUUCACAAGAGAGAACAGGGUAGUUGGGGUUCUAUGGGCUAACAAAAGAGACAGUGCACUAUGGUUUGCACCUCCUGAGUGGAGAGAAUGUAGGCUUGGGAUUCAGCUCUUACCAAUACUGCCAAUUUCUGAAGUCCUUUUCUCGGAUGUUGAUUUUGUGAAGCAGCUUGUAGAGUGGACAUUGCCUGUCUUGAACAGGGAAGGGGUUGGAGAAGGAUGGAAGGGAUUUGUCUAUGCCCUGCAAGGAAUCUAUGAUAAUGAAAGUGCGCUGCAAAAGAUACGAAGCUUGAAUGGUUUCGAUGAUGGUAACACGUUGACUAACCUCUUAUGGUGGAUUCACAGCAGAGGUGAUGAGGAUGACUCAUUUGCGCAUGGGAAACACUGUUGGUUUGGUCAUUACUGCCACUAGGUAUUGUUAAUGAUUUCAAAUACUUGAAAAGAUAAUAAGUUACAUAGUUUCUGGCAUUGUACCUAUUUAUGUAUUUGGUGUAUGUUUCUUACAAUUCCUCUGUAAGUAUAAAGUCUUUGGCGGUUCGCAUUCAUUCUGAGUCUUUAAUGUUAUGUUCACAUCAUAAAUUUUGGCA